CGCCUUGGUUUUCACUCGCCUCAACGCAGCGCAAAGAGUAAAAAAUGGCCUUCGCUGGUGUCCUCAAUGACGCUGAAGUCAAAGCCGCCCUUGAUGGCUGCGCAGCUGCUGACUCCUUCGACUACAAGAAAUUCUUCAAGGCAUGCGGUCUGGCUAGCAAGUCCGCUGAUGAGGUCAAGAAGGCCUUCGCCAUCAUUGACCAGGACAACAGUGGCUUCAUUGAGGAGGAGGAGCUGAAGCUGUUCCUGCAGAACUUCUCUGCCUCCGCCAGAGCACUCACCGACAAGGAGACCAAGACUUUCCUGAGUGCUGGUGACAGCGAUGGUGACGGCAAGAUCGGAGUUGAUGAGUUUGCUGCCCUUGUGAAGGCAUAAAUUUCCAUUGACCAAGAUCCACUUCUUUUCAUGGAACUGCGAACUCCUUGCAAGUUUCAGUAAUCAUCAGCUGAAAGAAUAUUUUUUAUACCUUAUUUAUGAGUUGCCUGCGGACUAUCUCUCAACAUGGAACACAUAUUUUACUGUUAAUGUUAGUUCAGGUGUGUGAAAUGUUCUGAAGAAUGACUUGUGCAAAUUGUACAACACCAUCUGCACUUUUGAGGAAGAGUGAAAAACCAGGAAUAAAUACUCUUUUGGUGUAAAGUCAUCUCCUUAA